AAGUCACCCUUUUGUUACAGACUAAUUGAUGCCCUACUAAAUCAAGAUUAUGGUCCGCCAAUAUCUUAUGUUCGGUAGAUUUCUUGUAUCUCGUUUAGUCCUGAAGAUCUUGUCUUUCUCCAAUCUAUAUACUGAUCAAUCUACGAAACUUAGAAGAUAUGAGUUAUGUCACUCAGCCCGUAUCGGCUGUGGUACGACGCAGCACUGUCUCACACCUUAGUCAUGAGUGGCCUCAGGUCGAUGAGCAGUAUGACCAGGGCCAGAAUGCUCAAAGGCUAAGGAUCCAUUCAAUAGAGUCCUGGCUUUAUGCUAAAAUACAGUCUUUGCUCAGGCAGGAACAAUCUGCAUUGCCUAUUGUCAAUCCUCAAAAUCAUCAGUGGUUUCAAUCAGCAGUAAUCACUGCCCAUAUCACAGGAUCACGAAGGGUUCAGUAUAGUCGAGCCGGGCCAUCGAGAAGUACUACGACCAGCCCGAACCGCAGCUCAGGCAGUUCAACUACACCUAAGAAAAGCAGAAAAUUGAGAUUCUCGCGGGCUGUUGAUCCCCGCAAAGUCAGCCAUGAGACACGGAAGACGAAACUCAAAGAGAUCUUGCAUGUCAUGCUUAACGAGGAGGAUGCGAAUGCAUCCUGGAUCUUACUGUGUUGGGGCACCAGCAUCAAUUCUCUGAUAUUACCGGUCAAAAUUAUCAACUCAUAUGACGAAAAGGGUAUCUGGCAAGAGAUCAAUCGCGCGUGGUAUAGUCAUAGAGGGUGGUGGAGAAAGUGUAUACCGCUUCUGAAAGUCAAGGAAGCGGAUAUUGUUGAGCUUUCUAUUGCUGGACAGGAUCAGCGAAGCAUUAAAAAUCCUAAAUUCAGAAACAUAUAUGUUGGUGAAUUCACGAAGCAAGAUUUAUGUGCCAAAAAGCAAAGGCUAGAACAGGAUAUUGAUGGCUAUCAGCCACAAGUAUAUCCAUGCCCUUACAACCCUACCAUAGGUGAGGUAAAUUGCAAUGGCGAAUGCAGAUCAUGGAGUGACUUGGAUUCAAGAUGCCCAGAAGACAGGCUCUUUGAAGCAGAAAGAAACUUGGCACGCCUGAAUCUACGCUCACAGUUAAAGUUUGCUUUCACACAACCUCAUUCUGCUGCACUAUUCGAUCUACUGAGUAGGGAACUUGUUCUCAGUCAACUGGAUAUCUUGCGCAAGCUUGACACAUGGCACUGUCCGGAGCUGGGAGAGCUCAGGUUUCCUGGGCUUCUGAUCAGCGAAGGUUGGGAACUAGAUCCGCAACACAUACUCUUACCUCUGAGCACAACCGCACUUUUCAUAAUGGUAGUCGCUGCUAAAUUCAUAUAUGGUGAUUGGGCCAUAGCAUGGAAUGUGGGGAGCUUUCUCGUCUCAUUGGCGGCACUUUUAUGGAUGUGGGCUAAUCAUUGCGUUGCUUAAUACUUCAUACUAUACAGUGACAGGUGCAAGACUUUCAAAUCUGUGUCCUAUCUGUAUUUUGGAUACAUAUAUCUAUCUUAUGAUUUCUUAACUAUCUCUAUAUGGUCUUCUGAGGAACGUGCUUCACUUAUGCUUGAUCCUGUC